AUGGCGGCGGUGGCGGCCGGGCCGGGGCCGGGGGACUCCCCGGAAAGCCCCGAGCCCGAGGCGUCCGAGAGGCGGCGGAAAGCGCACGGGAUGCUGAAGCUGUACUACGGCCUCUCGGAGGGGGAGGCGGCGGGGCGACCCGCAGGGCCGGACCCCCUGGACCCGACCGACCUGAACGGAGCGCACUUCGACCCGGAAGUGUAUCUGGACAAGGCCUGCGAGGAGCUUGUGUCGCAGGUGGAAAGGCUUGUCAGCAAGCAAGCGUUCCUGGGAGAGCCCGCCCCGGGGCCUCAUCUACUGGCCCUUGCCCAUCCAGACACCAUCCGGAAGAUGAAAAACGAUUUCCGAAAAAUGGAGGAUGAGAUGGACCGGCUGGCGAAUAACAUGGCGGUGAUCACGGACUUCAGCGCGCGCAUCAGUGCCACCUUACAGGACCGCCAUGAGCGCAUCACCAAGCUGGCAGGGGUCCACGCGCUGCUCCGGAAGCUGCAGUUCCUCUUCGAGCUGCCCUCGCGCCUCACCAAGUGCGUGGAGCUGGGCGCCUAUGGGCAGGCGGUGCGCUACCAGGGCCGCGCGCGGGCCGUGCUGCAGCAGUACCAGCACCUGCCCUCCUUCCGCGCCAUCCAGGACGACUGCCAGGUCAUCACGGCGCGCCUGGCACAGCAGCUCCGGCAGCGUUUCAGGGAGGGGGGCUCGGGCGCCCCGGAGCAGGCGGAGAGCGUGGAGCUGCUGCUGGCGCUGGGCGAGCCGGCCGAGGAGCUGUGCGAGGAGUUCCUGGCGCACGCGCGCGGAAGGCUGGAGGCCGAGCUGCGGGACCUGGAGGCCGACCUGGGGCCCUCCCCACCCGCACCGGACAUCCUCGAAUUCACCGACCGCGGAGGCAGCGGCUUCGUGGGCGGCCUCUGCCACGUGGCCGCGACCUACCAAGAGCUGUUCGCAGCGCAGGGCACUGCGGGGGCUGAGAAGCUGGCUGCCUUUGCCCGCGAGCUGGGCGGCCGCUACUUUACGCUGGUGGAGCGGCGGCUGGCGCAGGAGCAGGGCGGCAGUGACAACUCCCUGCUGGUGCGGGCGCUGGACCGCUUCCACCGGCGCCUGCGCGCUCCCGGGGCCUUGCUGGCUGCUGCCGGGCUGGCUGAGGCAGCCACGGAAAUCGUGGAGCGGGUGGCCCGCGAGCGCCUGGGCCACCACUUGCAGGGCCUGCGGUCCGCCUUCCUGAGCUGCCUGACCGAUGUGCGCCAGGUGCUGGCUGCACCACGCCUGGCCGGGAAGGAAGGGCCUGGCUUGGCUGAGCUGCUGGCCAACGUAGCCAGCGCCAUCUUGAGCCACAUCAAGGCCUCGCUGGCCGCUGUGCACCUCUUCACGGCAAAGGAAGUGUCCUUCUCCAACAAGCCCUACUUCCGGGGCGAAUUCUGCAGCCAGGGCGUCCGGGAGGGCCUCAUCGUGGGCUUCAUCCGCUCCAUGUGCCAGACGGCCCAGAGCUUCUGUGACAGCCCGGGGGAGAAGGGCAGCGCCACACCUCCGGCGCUGCUCCUACUGCUGUCCCGUCUCUGCCUGGACUACGAGACGGCCACCAUCUCCUAUAUCCUCACCCUGGCCGAUGAACAGUUUCUGGUGCAGGACCAGUCUCCGGUGACAGCCGUGAGCACGCUGUGUGCCGAGGCCCGGGAGACGGCACGGCGGCUGCUGACCCACUACGUGAAGGUGCAGGGCCUGGUUAUAUCGCAGAUGCUGCGCAAGAGUGUGGAGACGCGCGACUGGCUCAGCACCUUGGAGCCACGCAACGUGCGUGCUGUCAUGAAGCGGGUGGUGGAAGAUACCACAGCCAUCGACGUUCAGGUGGGGCUUUUGUACGAGGAGGGUGUUCGGAAGGCCCAGAGCAGUGAUUCUAGCAAGAGGACUUUCUCCGUCUACAGCAGCUCUCGGCAGCAGGGCCGCUAUGCACCCAGCUAUACGCCCAGUGCCCCGAUGGACACCAAUCUCCUGAGUAACAUCCAGAAACUGUUUUCGGAACGCAUCGAUGUGUUCAGCCCAGUGGAGUUCAACAAGGUCUCGGUGCUCACUGGCAUCAUCAAGAUCAGUCUGAAGACGCUGCUGGAGUGCGUGCGGCUGCGCACCUUUGGGCGCUUCGGGCUGCAGCAGGUGCAGGUGGACUGCCACUUCCUGCAGCUCUACCUGUGGCGCUUCGUGGCCGACGAAGAGCUCGUGCACCUGCUGCUGGACGAAGUGGUGGCCUCGGCUGCCCUGCGCUGCCCGGACCCAGUGCCCAUGGAGCCCAGCGUCGUCGAGGUCAUCUGCGAGCGUGGCUAAGCCGCCCCUCCCUCCUACUCUCCCCCUGGCCUCCCGCCAAUAAAGACUGCCUUGUUCCCUUU